AUGGCAGAACUAUUUGAGCCCACAGACGAGCCCCCAGUGCCCCCCUCCCUCACCGAGCGCUACAUGACAGGGUGCAUUCUGGGACAGGGCAGGUUCGCGGUGGUGCGGCAGUGUGUGGAGCGGGCGACGGGCCGAGAGUACGCGCUCAAGAUCAUCAGCAAAGACAAGUGCGGAGCAAAGGAGCACAUGAUCCAGAAGGAGGUGUCGCUCCUGCGCAGACUCAAACACCCCAACAUCCUGCUGCUCGUGGAGGAGAUGGACACGCCCUCCGCCCUCUACCUGGUCAUGGAGCUGGUCAAGGGCGGGGAUCUGUUUGAGGCCGUCACGUCCUCGGACACAUACUGUGAGAGAGAAGCCAGCUCCAUGCUCUUCAACCUCAGCAGCGCUCUCCGGUACCUGCACGCUCACCGCACCGUGCACCGCGACGUCAGGCCCCACAACCUCCUGUGUCUGUGUUGUGUAUUGAGUGUCUGUGUUGUGUUUGCAGGUGUUCGAGCUGCAGGACGGCUCUAG